GUGGCUGUGCAGUGUCGGGCCAUGCGCGCAGUGACGGGGCUCCGUACAGUGUGCGUGUUUGGAGGUGCAUCCCGAGAAGAACAGGCUGCACUCCUCACCUCGAAGCAGCCGCACGUGCUGGUGGCCACUCCAGGCCGGGUGCUGGACCUGGUGGAUGGAGGAGAGCUGAAACUGCAGGGCAGUGUGCAGUAUCUGGUGCUGGAUGAGGCCGACAAGAUGCUGUCGCUCGGCUUCAAACCGCAGUUGGACCGUCUGUACGGCAUGUUGCUGCAGCCGUACGACAAGUCCGCUGACGAUGGCGCGGCCAAUCUUGUUGCAGCUGCUAAGAAGAAGUCCGCCAAGGCCAAGGUGCUGUUGUUUAGCGCCACCAUGCCGACGGAUGUGGCGGCGGCUGCGGCGCAGUGGUUGCGGCUGCCAGAGAUUGUUCAAGUGAGCGCCUGUGGCGCUAAUGCCAUCAGUCGUACAGUCACGCAGGUUGUCCACGUAUGCGCGGAGCAUAAGAAGCCGGAUAAGCUGCUCAAGCACCUGGCCCGCAUCCGCGACUCGGUGCCGGCCGGCAGUCGCAACCCGCCGCGCCUGCUGGUGUUCGCCAACCGAGUUAAGACGGUGCGCUUCCUGGCCGCCACACUGGCCAAGGAGGGGUACAAGGUGGCGCAGCUGCAUGGCCAGAGGUCGCAGGCGGAGCGCAACCAGGCGGUAUCUGACUUUCGCAGCGGCAAGGCGCAGGUGUUGGUGGCCACUGACGUGGCGGCGCGCGGCCUGGACAUCCGGGCUCUGCCGUACGUCGUGAAUUACGAUUUCCCGUCGCGAUUGGAGACGUACGUGCACCGGGUCGGCCGUACAGGUCGGCUUGCGGCGUACGGCCAUGCGUACAGCUUCUUCACGCGCAACUUGGCGCCCCUGGCUCCGCCCCUCCUGGAGCUUCUCCAGACACACGGCCAGGCGGUGGACCCCAAUCUGGCGGCGCUGGCCGCGGCGUGGAAGGUGGCGGAGGAGAAGCUCGGCCGCAAGGGCGCUGCAGCAGCGGCGGCGGCAGCGGCGCGCAGCGCCGAUGGCACCGCCGUCCCGGCUGACGGGGCGGCGGCCGAGGACGAGUCGGGUGAGGAGGACGAUGACGAGGGUGACGGCGCCGCCGCCGCUGACAGCGGACUUACCUUGGCGGAGGAGGUCUUGCUUGCGGCAGACGACUUGAUGGAGGGUCUGGGCCCGCAGGAUGCCCGAGCGAUUGCUGCGCUGGUGAAGAAGAAACUGAGUAGGAAGCAGCAACAGAAGCUGCAGCAGGCGAGCAGCGCCGGGGAGGAAGGUCAUGGACAUGUCGAUGUCGAUGACGAGGACGGGGACGGGGAUGGGGAUGAUACGCGACCGAGCAAGAAGCAGCAGCGAGGAGGAGAGGAGCAGGGAGUUGGGGGAGCUAGGGUGAUUACGAAUGGAGCGGAGGUGGAGGCUGUAGGGCGGGCGAAGAAGAAGAAGGCUGCUGGGGAUGUCCAGCUGGUGCCCAUGUCCAAGGAGCAACAGCGUCAGGCGGUGCAACGUAGGGAGGAACAGAAACCCGGCGGCGACGGGGGGUUGCAACGGGCCGCUGCGUUUGUAUCUGCUGCCGCGUUUAAGGGUGCUAUGGCUGGCUACGUGUUUAAGAAAGGUCCGCUGGGGUUGGGGUAUUACCUAGAUCAGCACCAGCAGAAGCAAGGCCAGCAACAAGCUGCAGCGGGGCAACGAGGCAAGGCCGCGCCGCUGUCGGCGGCCGCGGCGGUGCCAGGGCUUGCCAAGAGGUCAACGGCUCCAGCAGCAACGGCACCAGCCACCGCUGCAGCAGCAGUCUCAGGGAAAGGGGUCAGUAAAGCAGCGGCCGGCCAGCGGGGAAAUGGGACGGCGGCUUCAGCUUGGGGAUUGCCCUCGCGCAAUAAGCCCAUCAUACCGGUACGGCAUUCGGACUUCCUGUCUGACAGUGAAAGCGGCGGUGGGCCUGAAUCGGAUCCAGAUUCAGACUGGGAUGUGGAUUUACAGCCGUCACCUCCGGUCCCUUUCCGGAACGCCAUUGCGAGUAGCGGCGGUGUGAAGGGGAUGGGGAAGGCGAAAGCGAAGUCGGAAGCAGCCGAUGGCACCAUUUCAGGCGAUAGGAGCACUGAGGGGGGUCGUCCUGGCCAUAACAGUCGCGGAGAUGGCGAUGAUGAUGAUGAUGAUGGCGAUGACGUGGAGCCGUUGGAAGGUCAGAGGGCUGCGGCGAAGCGCAGGUUCAAGUCGCUCCCCGGGAGGUUGCGUAAGAAGCUCCGUAAGGGGCAAGCGACAGGCCAGCCCCAGCACUCGCGAGCGGCCUCUGGCAAGGAGGCGGCAGGCACUGGGCGAUGAUACGUGUGGUAGUGUUGUUCUGCUGGCGAGGUUACGAGCAUCCGACGCAGAUUUAGGCACGGCCAGAUGAAGUUUUGUCCGGAGAGGAGGUUUUUUUACUGACGUAGGAUUUUACUAAAGUUACUCGAGACUGCCGUCAGGUCGUGUAUAGGGGGGCCCGAUUGGAUGGAUUGACUCAUUACGGAUUUGCAGGAGGGAGGCUUAGGGAGCGUUUAGCGGCAGUGACAAGGCUUUAUGCGGCCGUGGAGGUGCAGGGGCGACGACGUCCCAUGAGUAGAUAAUACUACAGAAGUUGAAGAAGAUAAGUUGACGGUGUGGAGCGAAGAGGUGGCUGCGAAGCACACUGCCGUCGUGAUAGGCGUGAUAGGCGCGUCGGAUGUGGACAGGAUGGGAUGAGAAUAUUGUAUAAGUACACAGGUUCACAGUUUGCUUGUAACCUUAAAAAAUAAUGUAACUCGGUGUAAAGGCGGGUCUAUCAAAGAUGUUGCUUUUUGAUUGAUGUGGUGUUAAACUGUGGGCGGCUCGUCCCGAGAAAGGACGAGCUCUGGCGGCCCUGACCGGGCCGAAACACAGCACAGGGGCGGGCGCGCUUUUGUUGGAAUUGGAUGUGUUGUCACGCAGGCAAGUCUUCGUGCGCAUUUUCGGCACAAAACUCGUCAUGUUUGAUUUGUGUUCGCCACCUAGACCUCCUACCAUGGCCUUCCCAUUGUGGUACCCUACAGGACUAGGUACUUGUGCCAGCCGUUCAGGUCUUUUGUGUACGACCAAUUGAACUUAUUAAACUUUCACUAAGCUGCGAUUUGUACACAGCGGUUGAUUUGCGCAAGCAUUGCACGCAUCGUACUUUCAUUUGAGUGCAGCUAGCGGCUAUUGUGAUGACAUUGCACCUUUAAUAAUUACCAGC